CUAAACGUAAAAGAAGAUUGCAAAGCCAUGGCUUUCUGUGCAAAGAUGAGGAGCACAAAGAAGAGUGAAGUAAACCUGGAAGCUCAGCACCAGGGUCUGGAAAUACUUUUCUACCUACAAGAUAAAACUCCCAUUUGUUGCACAAGUGGCGAGUUCACUUCAGAAGAGCUGUGCAUCAGAGCUGCCCAGAGGUGUUCCAUAUCUCCUCUCUGCCAUAAUCUCUUUGCACUCUACGAUGAAAACAAAAAACUCUGGUAUGCACCAAACCAGGUCUUCAAGAUAGAUGAGAAAACAUCCCUGAGGCUCCAUUAUCGAAUGAGAUUCUACUUCACAAACUGGCAUGGGACUAAUGAAAGUGAGCCCUCAGUGUGGAGGCAUUCUCCAAAGAAGGCAAAGACUUCUUCUGAGAAGAAGACAGUCCCAGAAGGAACCCCAAUACUUGAUGCAAGCUCUUUAGAAUACAUCUUUGCACAGGGUCAGUAUGACUUAGUGAAAGGCCUGGCACCGAUCCGUGAUCCCAGAAACGAUCAAGAGGUCCAUGAAAUCGAGAACGAGUGUCUGGGGAUGGCUGUCCUUGCCAUCUCUCACUGUGCCAUGAAGAAAAAGGUGAAGCUUCCAGAGCUGUCCAAAGAGAUCAGUUACAAGCAUUAUAUUCCUGAAACUUUGAACAAGACCAUCAGGCAGAGGAACUUCUUGACCAGGAUUCGCAUCAACAACGUUUUCAAGCAUUUCCUUAAAGAGUUUAACAACAAGACCAUCUGUGAAGGUAACGUGUCCCCACGUGACCUCAAAGUCAAAUACUUAUCAACCAUGGAGACCUUGACUAAAUGUUAUGGAGCUGAAAUCUUUGAGACUUUGUUUCUGCGGAUCUCCUCGGAGAAUGAAAUCAAUGGAUGUGGCUGCGGAGACAGCGAGAGCCUCCCGCUCUACGAGGUCAUUGUCACCGGCAACAACGGCAUCCAGUGGAGGCUCAAGCCAAGUGUAAGUUCUGUACAGACAGAGAAAGAGAAGAAGAAGAAAUCUGAUGGCAAAACCAAAAAAGAGGAAGAAAAACAUAAAACUCGAGACCUGUGGAACAAUUUUUCCUAUUUUCCUGAAAUCACCCACAUUGUCAUCAAGGAGUCUACAGUUAGCAUUAACAAGCAGGACAACAAAAGGAUGGAACUAAAGCUGUCCUCACACGAGGAGGCCCUGUCCUUUGCCUCGCUGAUUGAUGGCUACUUCAGGCUGACAGCAGAUGCCCACCAUUACCUCUGCACUGAUGUGGCUCCCCCACUGAUUGAGCACAACAUCAAAAAUGGAUGUCAUGGACCCAUUUGCACGGAAUACGCCAUCCACAAACUGCGGCUGGAAGGAGAUGAAGCAGGGAUGUACGUCCUGAGGUGGAGCUGCACCAACUUCAACCACAUCCUCAUGACAGUCACCUGCUGUGAAGGCUCAGAGCAGACAAAUAAUUCAGUGCAGCACAAGAACUUCCAGAUUGAGGUGGAGAAAGGCGAGUACUUCCUGCAUGGCUCCAACAAGCCUUUCUCAUCCUUGAAAGAGCUGAUGGACCACCUGAAAGGACAAAUCCUGCGCACAGACAACAUCAGCUUUACACUGAAGAGGUGCUGCCAGCCAAAACCAAGAGAAAUCUCCAACUUGCUUGUUGCAACCAAGAAGGCUCAGGAGUGGCAGCCUGUUUAUCCCCUUGGGCAGCUGAUUUUCCAUCGUAUCCUGAAGGAAGAAAUCAUACAGGGUGAACACCUUGGAAGAGGGACAAGAACACAGAUUUACUCAGGGAUCCUCAACUACAAAGAUGAUGAGAAUGAAGGUUAUCAAAAUGAAAAAGAGAUUAAAGUCCUUCUCAAAGUCUUGGACCCCAGCCACCGAGACAUUUCUUUGGCCUUCUUUGAGACAGCCAGCAUGAUGAAGCAGGUGUCUCACAAGCACAUUGUCCUCCUCCAUGGAGUCUGCGUCCGCGACGUUGAAAAUAUCAUGGUUGAAGAGUUUGUGGAAUUUGGGCCUCUGGAUCUGUUCAUGCAUCGGAAAAGCGAAGUUCUGACAACUCCUUGGAAGUUCAAAGUUGCCAAGCAACUUGCAAGUGCACUGAGCUACUUGGAGGACAAGGAUUUGGUGCAUGGCAAUGUGUGUACCAAAAACAUCCUGCUGGCAAGGGAAGGAAUUGACAUGGAAUAUGGACCUUUCAUAAAGCUGAGUGACCCAGGAAUACCCAUAACUGUCCUGUCCAGACAAGAAUGUGUGGAGCGAAUCCCCUGGAUUGCACCUGAGUGUGUUGAAGACUCCAAAAAUUUAAGUGUUGCAGCAGAUAAGUGGAGCUUUGGUACAACACUGUGGGAAAUCUGCUACAAUGGAGAAGUACCCCUGAAGGACAAGACGUUAGCAGAGAAGGAGAGGUUCUACGAGGGGCAUUUUGUGUUGGCAACGCCGUCCUGCAAGGAGCUGGCUGACCUGAUGAAACAGUGCAUGAACUAUGACCCCCACCAGAGACCCUUCUUCAGAGCCAUCAUGAGAGACAUCAACAAGCUGGAGGAGCAAAACCCUGACAUCGUCUCAGAGAAGAAGCCUGUUACAGAGGUGGAUCCCACACUGUUUGAGAAGAGAUUCUUGAAAAGAAUCCGGGACCUGGGGGAGGGCCACUUUGGCAAGGUUGAACUGUGUAGAUAUGACCCAGAAGGUGACAACACAGGGGAGCAGGUGGCAGUGAAAUCCCUAAAGCCAGAGAGUGGAGGGAGUCACAUUGCUGAUCUCAAGAAGGAAAUUGAAAUCUUGAGGAAUCUUUAUCAUGAGAACAUUGUCAAGUACAAGGGGAUUUGCACAGAAGAUGGAGGCAGUGGGUUUAAACUCAUCAUGGAGUUCCUUCCUUCUGGGAGCCUGAAGGAGUAUCUGCCCCGCAACAAGAACAAGAUCAACCUCAAGCAGCUGCUCCGAUACGCAGUUCAGAUCUGCAAGGGGAUGGACUAUCUGGGCUCCCGCCAGUACGUGCACCGUGACUUAGCAGCAAGAAAUGUCCUCGUUGAGAGUGAGAACAGAGUGAAGAUUGGAGACUUUGGCCUCACCAAAGCCAUUGAGACCGACAAGGAGUACUACACCGUGAAGGAUGACCUCGACAGCCCUGUGUUCUGGUAUGCUCCAGAAUGCCUGCAGCAGAGUAAAUUCUACAUCGCCUCAGAUGUCUGGUCCUUUGGGGUGACACUCUACGAGCUGCUUACCUACUGUGAUUCUGAGUCCAGCCCCAUGGCAGAGUUCUUGAAGAUGAUUGGCCCCACGCAGGGACAGAUGACGGUAGCACGGUUGGUGCAUGUGCUGCAGGAAGAAAAGCGGCUGCCACGGCCCCCCAACUGCCCGGAGGAGGUGGACCAGCUGAUGAGAAAGUGCUGGAUCUUCAAGCACGACGAACGGACAACUUUUCACAACCUGAUUCAGGGCUUUGAAACAAUUAUGAGUAAAAUGUAAUUACCUUUUGGG